AUGGCCACUGGCAGACGUUGGUCCGAGCAGGAGCCGCCGUUGCGCGUCAAGAAGCGUCUGAUUGUCUGCUGCGACGGCACCUGGAUGAACAGCGACUACGGCUACGUCAAGCCGAGCCCGCUGAGCGGCAAAGGUGGUCUGCAGGUUCCAUCCAACGUGACACGCAUCUCGCGCUGCUUCAAGCGCCGGUGCGAUGAUGGGACCCUGCAGAUCAUCAACUACGAAUCGGGUGUCGGCAGCGGGAGCAGUGUCCUCGACGGCAUCCGGGGCGGCGUCUUUGGUGUUGGCCUGGCCGAGCGUGUGCGGGAAGCGUACGCCUACCUCUGCGCCAACUACACCGACGGCGACGAAAUCUACCUCGUCGGCUUCUCCCGCGGCGCCUUCACCGUCCGCUCCGUCGCAGGCAUGAUCGGGAGCCUCGGCCUUCUCACCCGCCAGGGCGUCGAGCACUUCUAUCCCAUCUUCAAGGACAUGCAGCACUGGAUGGACGACCGCUACGAGGACCCCUUUCCCCGCUGCCCUUUUCCCAACAAGCCCAAGGGCAGGCGCGCAGCCGAAAGGUACCGCGAACGUCUCCUGAGGAGGGGGUUGACGCGAGUGGAGCAGAGGACCGGCGAGCUCAUCACGAUCAAGGCCGUGUGCGUCUGGGACACGGUCGGCAGCCUCGGCAUCCCCCGCAUCCCCUGGCUCGAAAAGUUGGGCAUCCGACCCUCCAACGACGAAUACUGGCACGACACGGCGCUGUCGGACAGGAUCGAGCAUGCCUUUCAGGCGCUCGCCCUCGACGAGACGCGGUCGCCCUUCAGCCCCGCCGUGUGGGAGCGGCCGUGGAAGGUGAGGGUGCGCACCGACCUGCGUCAGGUUUGGUUUCCCGGAAAUCACGGCAACUGCGGCGGCGGCUGGGACGAUCAGGGCAUGUCCGACGUGACGCUCGCUUGCGCGGCCGCCUCAGGGAUGAUGGACCAAAUGUCCAGCGUCGGCGUCGAGUUUGAACCUCUGGCGCUCCAUCGCAUCGUCCAGCAGUCGGUCGGCUUCUACACGAACCCACCUCGGCAGAGCGCGAAGCAGGGCCGACGGCGGCGAGCCAGGUGGGCCGUCGAUGCCAUUUACACGCGAAACCAUCCAGUGCGCCCCUGGGCCCUCGGGGCCAUCCAAAAAGCCUCGAACCUGCUCUACAGCUUCGCCGGCGAGGCGACGCGGACGCCGGGAAUGUACCGCCAAGUCGAUCCCGAGACACAGCUCCAAACGGGCAAGUUCCUGCAGCACACGAGCGAGAGCGUCCACAGCUCCGUCCGCGUCCGCUUGGCCUGCGAGGGGCUGGGUCUCAACGACGACUCUACCUGGACCUGCCAGGCACUCUCCGGCUGGCAGCUGGAGCGCGUCACCGUCAUCACCAGCGAGCCUGCUCAGGCGCCCUGCCGGGGGGUCUACUGCGAGGACGACGGCGACCGCAAGCACGAGCUGGACAAGGUGGAGGAGCGCUGGAUGUGGACAUACGUCGGAGACGAGAGAGACGGCACCGACGGGAUGGAAAUGUGGGAGGAGCGACUCGGACCCUACGAGAGAUUGCUGCUGGACCUCUCGGGCGGCGCGCCAAACGUGUACGAGUACGCCGGGAAGAGGAUGGACAAGCAGAGGAGGCGGCGGCCGCGGUCGAGGGGCGGAUGA